UUGGCUGAUCGAGCUGCUGGCCUCGAUUCCAGGCCAGAGAUGCCACCGACUGCAGGCCUUUAAAGAGGAACGUUUUUUCAAUCAGUAGCUUCUUUUUGCAGCAGACGUCGAUACACUCGGUUGUGCACAUAAUGGGAUUCCAAAAACUGCUGGCACUUCUCCUUUUGAUUGCCCAAUGUGUUCAUGGGUUCUAUCCGAUGGAAUACCUUGAUCUUUUACGUUUAUCCGGCAGAGCUGGACUAGAUUCGGAAGAAUAUUUUUCGAAAGAUGAGACAUCUCGUCAUGAUGAAGCAACUAGAGAGGAUUACCUACCUGCAGAAACUCGACAUCGAGAUGAUUAUUCGAAUUCGCAAUCGGAAUAUCCCAGAGAUUACGAUUCCAGGGAAGAAACUUCAGGGUAUGAGACUCACACAUUCUCCUCCCUCUUUGAGAAACCCCCACCGGAAAACGAUGCCCUUUACUCACCACCCAAAAUGGAUAGGUACCACAAACGAGAAGAAUACUUCGGAGAAUUAUCAAAGAAGUCAAUGAACACCUUCCCCAGAUCAAGAAAAGUAAGCCAGCCUUUUCCAGAAGACUUGAUGGCUGGGGCGUCAGAUCCAAACUUCGACCAACCCCGAUCCAGACCAGCAGGACGAAGUAGACGCGCUCGUCUAUCCGAUUAUGAUUUAUAUUACCCUAAACGUCGAUAUCCUGAAGAUUCUAGACCAGAAUAUAGAUCAAAACCUUUGCCGCCAUCCAAACCUUACGAUGAAUACAACGGCGACUAUGUUCCUCGACAUGUAGUAGAUGAACCUGAACGACCUUUGGUUGACCCUGCUUAUUCUGCAGAAACCUUUACUAGAGCACCUUAUCAUGAACCACACAGCAAACCGAUACCCAAACCUUCAAGAAAGACGUACCCAAGAUCAUCUGUACCCGUUAAAUCGAAUGGAAGAGAUGUUCCAUCAAUAUCGACCUUCAGCAAGCAAAAUUCGAAGAGUACAUCAAGUUCAAUUUCUUCCAGACCUUUAAAACUGGAGCGAGAGCUUCCAAAAAAGUAUCCCCCAAGGAAGUUCUCAGAAUCGCAAGCCAGAGCACCCUUCGAUGACGAUGAUGAAGAAGAGGAUUUCCGUGGAAAACCUUUGAUAACAACCAAAUCCUGGGAUAAAGAAAAGAGACAACCAAAACAUUUCUCUGAUGAAAAUAAACAUUAUCUUGCUGCCACUGGUUAUGGUAAACCUGUCAGAGAGCAGUUCCAUGAGCAGGGUACAACUGGCCCCCAUGCCUAUAAGUUUGGCUACAAUACCGGAGAUCCUGAAAAUCCAAUGGCCAGAUACGAGGAGCGAGGUCCAGAUGGACUGGUCAAAGGAUCUUACAGCUACGUGGAUCCUAUGGGCAAGUUGCAGGUGGUGCAUUACGAGUCACAUCCAGAACACGGUUUCAAGACCACCUAUGCCUGAGAAAGAAGAUCCUUUCUCAAAAAUAAUCGACCAAAAUGUAUAAUUGAAUUGAAUAACUCGUAAUGCAGAGGCGCUUUAUGAGUCAUUCUCAGAACAUGGCUUCAAAACCAUUUAUGCCUAAAAAGGAAGAAUCCUUCACAGAAAGAAUCAACAUGAAUACAAAAGAGCUAAAUAACUUGAAUAUAGGUAAUGCAUUACGAGUCAUACCCAGAAUGUGGUUUCAAAACCAUUUGCAAAUAAAAUAAAAGAAGAUUUCAUCACGGAAAUAACCUACUGGGAUACAACUGAACAAAAUAACUUAGAACUUAGGUAGUGCAUUAUGAGUCAUACCCAGAACAUGGCUUCAAAACAAUCUAUGUCGAAGAAAGCAAACAGAUUUCUUUAAUGGAUAUCAUCGACUGAUACAAAUACUCGUAGUUGUUGAAUUGUUGGCUUAUUGCAUUGUUUUGAUAUCAUAAGAAUUAAACAGAUUAAUUUAAUUAAGACCACAUCUUGCAUCUAAAAUCAAUAGAUAAGUCCAUACUAUUUUAUGCUGUAUGUUCCUGGUAACCCAAGUUAAUUCGAUUUUGGAGUUUUGAGAUAUAGCACUAUCAUAAUUCUAUAUGCACAUGUAUUUUCACAACAAAUUCAUUUAUACAUAUACAAAUUCAAAAAUUGUUUCAUUAUGC